AUGGAAAAGAAGUAUGUGAAGAGGUUGAUAGAAAAAUGGUGGGAUGUUUACAACGAUGAAUCACUUAUACUAAAACCAUGUUCUAAUACUAAAAUCAUCAAAGCAGGUGUAUGCUUAUUAAUACAACAGCAACAAGAGUUAAUUCAGGAAGUCACUUAUGAAGAAGUUGAUGAAGCAGUGAAAGACAUGCCAAAUGACAAAGCCCCCGGAGUUGAUGGUUUUCUAGUAGAGUUUUUUAAAAUGCACUGGAAUGAAGUGAGACAAGAGGUCUAUGAAGUUGUGGUAUUCUUUUUCCAGACAAGUAAGAUGAAGAAAGCAUGGAAUUGCACAGCUAUAACAUUGAUUCCCAAAGGACCAGACCCCACAACUGUGAAAGACUAUAGACAUAUUGCCUGUUGCACUACAGUCUACAAAGUUAUUGCAAAAAUACUUACUAAAAGGAUUAAGAAGAAAUUUAUUGGAUGGAUCAUGGAGUGUGUGACAACAGUAUCUUACUCUUUAGCACUUAAUGGAGGACUCACUAGACCUUUCCCUGCUAAGAGAGGUAUUAGACAAGGAGAUCCAAUGUCUCCUUAUCUAUUUGUGAUUGCUAUGGAGUAUUUGCAGAGGGAGAUGAGUACAUUAACUAUGCAGAAAGAAUUCAAAUUCCAUCCAAAAUGCAAGAAGCUGGGAGUGACAAACAUUUAUUUUGCUGACGAUUUGUUAAUGUUUUGCAGGGGUGACAAACAAUCAGUUAAUGCAUUGCAAGACACUUUCAAUAAGUUCUCAAAUGCAUCAGGAUUGCAAGCAAGUGCAGAAAAGAGCUCGAUCUAUACUGCUGGUGUACCACAACAUAUCAAAGAAGAACUGAUUAAUCUUACUGGAACUGAUUAA